AUGAACGAUUUAGUUAAUCAAUUUAAAAGUGCUGCAUUAGCUGUUGGUCAAUAUUUAACUCCCGUACUUAAAGAAUCUAAAUUUAAAGAGACUGGAGUUCUUACACCCGAAGAAUUUGUUGCUGCUGGCGACCAUUUAGUUCAUUUAUGUCCGACUUGGUCUUGGGCAAAAGCUAGUGAUUCUAAUGGGACUUGUGCUUAUUUACCUGUCGACAAACAAUUUUUAAUUACCAAACAAGUGCCUUGUCAUCAAAGAUGUGCUCAAAUUAUGGGUUAUGAUGAGUCUAAAGAAAAGAUAAUCAAAGAAGAAUCUGCAGAAACUGGAGAUGACCAAGAUGAAUGGGUGGAUACUCAUCACUUUGAUUUUGAAACAAAUUGUGCGCCAAAAGAUUUAGAGGAUGCAGAAAAUAAUGAAAUUUCUGAAAAUCUAGAAGGAAACAAUUUAAAUGAAGAAGAAAAUUGUGAAGAAGGAGGGGAACCUAUUGAUUUGGACGAAUAUUUAUCUAGUGGAUUAUUAGAAGAAGAAGACCCUGCAAGGUUUUUUUAA